CCACAAUCCUCUGUGGGCCUAGAAGAGCUUUGCAUUGUGGGAGCUCCUUCCUUUCUCGCUCCCCGGCCAUCUUGGCGGCUGGUGUUGGUUGGGGGUUGUCCCGCACCUAAGGCAGGAAGAUGGUGGCCGCAAAGAAGACGAAAAAGUCUCUGGAGUCGAUCAACUCUAGGCUCCAACUUGUUAUGAAAAGUGGGAAGUACGUGCUGGGCUACAAACAGACUCUGAAGAUGAUCAGACAAGGCAAAGCGAAGUUGGUUAUCCUUGCCAACAACUGUCCAGCUUUGAGGAAAUCUGAAAUAGAGUACUAUGCCAUGUUGGCUAAAACUGGGGUCCAUCACUACAGUGGCAAUAAUAUUGAACUGGGCACAGCGUGUGGGAAAUACUACAGAGUAUGCACACUGGCUAUCAUUGACCCAGGUGAUUCUGAUAUUAUUAGAAGCAUGCCAGAACAGACUGGUGAGAAGUAAACAAGAAAGUUUUCCUUUAAUAAAGCUUUGCCAGAGCUCCUUUUGAAAAA